GACAGACGUGAUGUUCCUCCGGCAAAAGGCUGCGGUCGUAUUUAAUAUGGCUGUCCGCUACGAAUGCGUUCAGUUCUCGUUCGACCACAACCGAUCCCGUAUCCCAUGCAUAAACCAUUCUUCACUUGGCUACACGGACCGUGAUCCUCACUCGCCUGCACACGGCAAACCUUCGAAGAGCUAUUGUUGGACAGUGUUGGGACAGUGAUCACUCGGCGAUAUGAAGAGUUUGGUGUUUUUGAAUUUCUUCACAAUUUAUUCUACCGCCCUGGCUCAGGAAUUUUCAUACAACGGGCUUCUUGGUCCUGAGUACUGGGGCAACAAGUAUCAAACGUGCGUAGGAAAGCACCAGUCCCCGAUUAACAUCGUGGAGCAUUAUGUCGAGAAGGUCACACUUCCACCAUUGUCGUUUUCUGGUUUCAACAUACCCAGGAAAGCCACGCUAACGAACAAUGGCCACACAGUAAUCUUAAAGACAAUCGGAAUUGACGUUCCUCUUAUAACCGGUGGACCUCUCGGAGAUGAAAUCUACGCGUUUGAACAGCUUCAUUUUCACUGGGGAGAGAACGACAAAGAAGGUUCAGAAGAUAGGAUAAACAAUAGAUCCUUCGCUAUGGAACUUCAUGCCGUAUUUUAUAAAUCAUUAUACGGAUCGUAUAAAGCAGCAACCAAUUUUCCGGACGGACUCACAGUAUUGGCGUAUUUCGUGACGGUUGCCGAAUCGUUCGAUCUUACCUACAACCCUUUGGUCGAAACGUUGCCACUCAUCGAGGACAUUGGCGCAGAAGCUGUGCUGAGAGAUAAUCUCAUCCUCGAAUCUAUCCUGAAAACGAAUCAGCCUUCGAUGCAAAAUUAUUUCACUUACAAUGGUUCGUUGACGACACCACCUUGCUCCGAAGUGGUCACGUGGAUAGAUUUUAAAACGCCCCAUAUGCUGUCCCACGAACAGAUCGCGGCUUUCCGUCGAAUUCGUAGCGCAGAAGGGGAAAGAGUGACACAUAACUUCCGGCCCGUACAACCUCUCGCCGACAGGAUAGUCUUUGAGAAUAUUCCCGAGAUGAGCCAUCACCACAGCCACGGGAUUCCUAACCAUCGCAAUCAUCAUUAUUCGCAACAGGAUUCAGGACAACUUGCGAACAGAGCUUCCCUUUCGAUUAUAGUUAUUAUUUCAUUAGAGACUAUUUUACGUCGGUAACAUCGUUUAUCAUCGCUAAAAAAAGAGCUAAGGUUCGUGCCAUAUUUUUGUUUCAACCACUCAUUGUCAGCUGGUUGAAUAUACAGCAGAUGAGAUCAGCAAGUAUUUUAGCGUAAUCAACAAAAAAUCAUAUUGCGAGGCUAUUCUAUUCAUCGAGUUAGUCCUGAGAUCAAAAAAUCGGCCAAAAAAUUGUUGGGCACGUCACUUCGACUCUUAAUCAACCCAAUCGAUGACGUUAUAGUAUUCAAAAUAUCUCGGAAGUUCAUCACGCCGUGUUUUUAUCCGAGUUUUAACAGUUUGUAAUGUCUUUGGUACCGCGCAUAUUUUCAAUAUUAGGUACAACUAUAAUUUAUACUUGCUUCGCAAUCGUAUCAUAAUGUUUGAAGUUGUUCUAUUUUAUUGUUAGCCUUGCCUUGAUGCGGCAUAAAAGUAUGGAUAUCAGGCUACCCAUAAUAAAAAUUUUGAGAAGUGUUUCCGCCGGACUGAAACUAUCAGGUUCUACUAAUGAUUACAUUAGAUUACAAAAUCUUUAACCAUCAUUUAGCUGUGACCAUCAGUGUUUAAUGAAAGAUUUCAAUCAUCUACGUGUAUCAUUGUCACUCUGCCGUAUACGGUAAUAAAUUUUCAACCGACACCGCAACUUAUAAGUUAUCCUGUUAUUAAGUACGGCAUUAAAUGACAGUGUAUUCGUAAAUUCAUGCGUACUUUUGCGAGAGCACGUGCAAAUAUAUUUAUCAUUCGAUAUUUCCAAGCCACAGACUGUUGUUAGAAGUAGAUGCGAUGUAAAGGACUGAUUUCUCAUCGGGGAAAAAAAGUAUAAAAUCUCACUGAAAACUAAUUAGAUAUCUCAAAAAUACAUUGGCUACAAUUGGGAUUCUAAUAUGUCGGCGUGUCUAAUAAUGAACGUCGAAAAUGAAGAUAAUCGGUAGUUGCUAGUAUUGCAUUUUAAUAACGAAUAUCAUGGCCCAAAAAUGGGAGCAGACGCCUGGGCUUUUAUUUUUUAAGAUUCUAAUCAAUAUCAGAUUUAAGAAUAAUAUCAAGAACUACUAGUUCAAUGAAAUACAUUUCUUUUGGAGUUUUAAAUUUUUAUUCUACCACGAGAUGGCUUUUUCCAAUGUGUUACUCAAAAGAUGGAAUUAUUACUGUAACUUUUUACUAGUUAUAUCCGUAUUUCCAUCCACAAAUAGUAUUGAAGCAUUGUGUAUAAGUGCAGUUUUGUUGCGUUAAUAUAGUUGGUAUUAUCGAGUUUAUGCCAAGAAGUAAAAAUGGUAGUUUUAGUUGCUAACAGCGUCACUGAUGCAUUAUUUAAGCAUCUAUUAGUUAUAUAUUUAUUAAUCUCCUCAUGCCAUAUAUGCUGGAAACUUAGUUGAAUGGAAAAUGUUGCGAAUCCUGCUAAUUAUUAAGUUAUUUUUUCUACAAUAUCCUAAAUCGUAGAAAUUUAUCUCUAAUAUUAAAUGUGUAAAAGUAGCCAGAUAUGUUAAAAAUCUAUGCGCUCUGUGCGAGAAUUGUCAUAUAGACUGUUAUAAUUUGUCGAGAGGUUGCAAUUUUACAACCUUAUAACAAAUUGUAUGUAAGUGUAUUCUAAAAGUUGAAAUUCAUGAAUUGCUUUGCAAUCGGUAACAAAGUAAAACAAUUUUAAUAGGUGUCAGGAGUAAAUUACUCAUUUAUUUCGUUAAGUAUAAUUAUAUUCUUUACAAAAAUUACACUCGAUAGUAACACUAUCACUGAAAACGGUUGGAAGAUGAAUACAAAGGAUUUUUGCACUUACGGUGAUAAGAUAAUGUUCUAUUUCUUUUCUAAGUAAAUUUAUUUCAUAUAUUUUCACACCAUCUUCCAUUAGUUCAUGUAACUUGCAGGUAAUUUAUAUUCAUUAUAGGUAUAUAUCAACGAAUGAACAUUCUGGAAUGAAAAUGAUUUCUAAAAAAUUAAGAUUUCUCCUCAUUUAAAAUUAGAAUAUCUAGAGAUAAUAUCUCACUGAUUUAAAAAUGGUUAUAUACACGCGGUUUGUAACGAGAACCUGUAAUCCUACAUAGUAGUUUACCAGGUGUCAAAGUACUUGAAAACGGAACAUAUAUAUAUAUAAUUGCUUCAAGUCAAUUUGCUGAUCCAAUGCAAUCAAAUACGAAUUAAGUACCUAUUACUGAAUGCAUCGGUCAAUGAGUUUCACUUAUUCCAUAUUACUAUUCUUCUUCGUUGGGUUUAGCCUUUGCAAUUAGUUUGGAAGAGUUGAUCGGUGCCAUAUUGACUAUAGACGCAAGAUUUUCUUGACCCUGCUUCAAACGCUCACGUAUCAAUUCAGCUAUAGCUUUCUGAGUCCGUCUUUCAAGCUUUUCAAGUUUUUUAGCAACAUCUCUUUUCAAAUCCCAGUCCGGUUUCCGUGGCGCUAGACUGCUUAUAUCCUGUACAUAUUAAAAAUCAUAUUAAGAAACAUUAAUGCGGAAUAACAAUAAGAGUUUUCAAUUUAUGAGAUUAAAUCCCGGUAAAAUUAUUUCACUCACAAGUUCCUCAAUCACAACUUUUGAAUUAGCAGCACUCAGUUGAUCCUUCACUUCGCUCUCAACAUCUCCGGGCUUAGCUUCGUCCAAUACUUGGUCUUUCAAGCUAUCAUCUUGAGGUUUGUAGCUGCGAAAUUUAGGUCUGAAAGCAUAAAAUGAGUGUCAGAGAACUAAUUCAGCAGAGAAAUAAAGCCUCAUUUUCAAGCUU